AUGUCGUACCAACCACCGACGUUGCAUCGAAAGUCUUCAGCACCAUGGGACAGACUACGACCAGUCAAGCAGGAUCCUCUAGAGAGUGUUGGAUUUGUUUCAAAAGGGGACAAUCGAUUACUCAAUUUGAAGACCCAAGAAAGCUAUUAUCACAAAAUUACAGCUCGCUACAUGCAAUUCUGUACACAAAAUUCGAAGAACCUCAACGAGGCAUUCUCGUCACUCUCUAUCGACGACUCGACGUCGUCGACACGGCUCAGUAGUGAUGUGCGCCCAACAACACCAGCAUAUACUGCUCGAGGUCUAUCAGCAUCAAAGUUCGCACCAGUACCAACUGUGGUCGCAACAGUGAAUCCGUCCGAAGAACUAUCGAUGAUACUGACCGCUCUCCGAAAGCUACGAGAAGGUAUCCUUGCAACAUCGUCCUCUGCUUCAUCGCCGGUUUUCUCACAAAGAGUCCAUGUUUUCAACAUCAGGCUAGCUAUACUCGCUUUGCAUCCGGAGUCAUAUCAUGCAUCUUUAAGAUAUUUGUUGACGGCAUUACACAGCCACAAGUAUCCACUUUCGUCCACGGAGCUUCGGGAAAUGCUGGUGUAUCUCAUCCUCGACACGGCUCUUCGUCAGGACGAUUUGGCUGAAGCCUACAAGAUCCGCUCAGCAGCUAAGAUGUCAUCCGGGUUCCAUGACACUCAAGUCGAUCUCAUCUUGCGAGCAGUUGUGACAGCUGACUGGCCGCUCUUCUGGAGGAUACGUAGUAAAGUCGAUGGCUACGUUCGAGCCAUUAUGCGUUGGAAGAUUGAUUCCUUACGGAGAUCUGUCUUGAAAGCGAUCGGCAAGUCGUAUCUUAAAUGUGAUAUCGACUGGAUCGUCAAGAACGCAACUGGUAAUGAACUUGAUUGGGAUGAGCUGGUACAGAAGGAGGAUAUUGGAUGGCAGCGGGAUGGUAACAUCGCUAUUAUCCGAAAACCCAAAUUGAAAAGCUGA